AUGCUGACAAAUAAAAUCGAAAAUGUGAUCAAUGGGUUUGACGACAACAGUUCUACACGAGCAAAUCUUUCUGAUGGCGAAAUGGCAAUCAAUGCUCACGAAAUUGGAAUAUUCGAGCAAUUAAAACUGCGAUUUCAAGAUUUUCAUUACGACACUGGCAUUCCUCGGCUCACCUUUCAUUCAAAAACAUCACAAACACUAUUUCCAUCAAGAAUGGAUUUUGUGCAGAAUUCUAUACAUGAAAGCAAUCACCGCUUAGAUGGUGACAAUGGAAGAGAUGAAGUUGGAGACUUGAGAGCUAGAGAAGCAGUUUACGAUGCACUCACACACUUUUACUCCUACCCUUUGAUUGCAAAUUGGUCUAUUCAAAGAUUUUCGAUGAAAAAUCUCUCGCGAGUCAAUUGCUCGAUACAGCAAGUGUGUCUGAUACAAUCUGGAGUGACGGUAUACACACCAUCAUUAACAAAUUUAGCACUCAACCAAUUAUUUAGUGAGUCUCACAUGUCUUCGAUAAGCAAACGAGCAUUACGUCUUGAAGCUUUGCAGAGUAUGAUACAAAUCGCAUUUGAAGCUGAGCGACGAGUUUUAAAUCACGGAUUGCAAGGUCCCUCUACCGUUUGGUACUCCACCCACGAUCUUGACGUCGAUGAGUUUGCUGAUGCUGUAUUAGGUACUCUCAAUUUAUCCAUUAGUGGUGAGACUGAGGCGAUUUCUCCAUUACAUGUGUUUGAAAAGCAUAUGAAUGAACAUGUACCGAUACUAGAUGCUAUCGUUUCGUACUAUGCUGAUACAAACCACGAGACGAAAGUGUUUAUGAAGAAUCAUUACAAUAUUACAAUGGAUGUGUUUAACGAAAGCCAAGUUACUCAAUUGAUCGAGACAUUUCAAUACGAAGUUCAGCAAUUGGAGCAAUCACUAGUAUCUUAUAAACAAGCUCGAGACAUCAAUGUCUUACAUCAAGAGGUUGUUAAUGCCACGAUACGACAUGAUUUUUACAAUGGAAGCGAGUAUACUUUAGUCUCUUUUGGCUUCAUCUUACCUGCCACGAAUGAGAAGAAUGUUUUGUAUCGUGAUAUGAAACUACCAAUACCUUUUCAUUUAAUUCUUCGUUUGAUGAUACGAUUUCAAGAAAGUCAUUUACUUCUACCACAAGAAUCUCGACAGCUUCUUGUUUGUCUUGCUAUGGCAUAUUAUGACAUUUCUUUCUAUCGUUGUCGUUCUACCACAACUUCUAAUGAAGAUUGA